AUGCAGCCCUUCGAAUACAGCGGAGCCAAUGGCCCAAGCCGCGUGAUCUUUGGACAAGGAAGCGUGUCAAAACUACCAGAUGAAGUCAAACGGCUAGGGAAGUCGGCGCCAUUAUUACUGUCAACACCGCAGCAGAAAGAACAAGUUCAAGCGCUAGAUGGCGUGCUCAAGAAUGGAUCGAUCACGCCCGUUGGGCUCUAUUCUAAUGCUACCAUGCACACGCCAACGCAUAUCACGGAUGAAGCGCUGCAGUAUGCAAAAGACUGCAAUGCUGAUUGCGUGAUUAGUUUUGGGGGUGGCAGCACUAUCGGUCUUGGAAAGGCCAUCAGCAUCCGCACUGGUCUUCAGCAUAUUUGCAUCCCAACUACAUAUGCGGGCAGUAAGCAGCCUACUCGCCACUGCAUUUGUAUGCCGCUGAUGAUUUUAGGUGAUAUGACACCCAUCCUUGGCGAGACAGCCGAUGGCAAGAAGACGACAAGAAGCGACCCUAAGAUCUUACCAACUACAACGAUCUAUGAUGUGGAUUUUACAAUGACCUUACCCGAAUCUAUGAGUGCCACGAGUGGAGUGAACGCUAUCGCUCAUGCAGUGGAAGCAUUGUAUGCCCGCAAUACCAACCCGGUCAUCAACUUGCUUUCCCUUGACGGUACCAAGGCUCUAGCAGAAUCGCUUCCCAUCAUCGUCAACAGCCUGCAAGACGUGGAAGCCCGGUCAAGGGCUCAGUAUGGAGCAUGGCUGUGCGGAAUGGUUCUCGGGGCCGUUGGAAUGAGCCUCCACCAUAAGCUCUGCCACACCCUCGGAGGCUCUUUCAACCUCCCGCACGCUGAAACACACACCAUCGUGCUUCCGCACGCUAUCGCAUAUAACGCCCCAAAUAUCCCUGAGACCAUGCGGAAGCUCGCCGAAGUACUACCCGAAAGCGACGGCGACGCGAUCAAAGGCCUCAAUGUGCUGCUGACCAAGUUGAAGGUCAAGCGAGGACUGAAGGAGUUUGGUAUGAAGGAGGAAGAUGUUGACAAGGCGGCUGAGAUCGCUGUCAGCAACCCUUACUGGAACCCGAGAGAUAUCGAAAAGGAGCCUCUCCGGGAGACGAUCAGGAGGUGUUGGGCUGGUGAGGAGGCGAGAGCGGACUUGUAG